AUGGGGUACAAGCUGCAGGACCUCACGGACGUCCAGAUCAUGGCUCGGCUGCAGGAAGAGAACAAACUCCGAAGGAGCAUGCCGAACUUGGCUCGAAUGCCAAGCACCCCCACCAUCAGCCCCACGGCUGGCUCUGCGAUCACCGUGAGGAACAGCCUCAGCUUUGAUUCCAAUUUGCAUGGCGCCGGUAAUGGGAUGUCAAGGAUACAGUCUUGCAUUCCUUCUCCGGGGCAGCUGCAGCACCGCGUCCACAGUGUGGGGCACUUCCCCAUUUCCGUCCGGCAGCCUCUCAAAGCCACGGCCUACGUGAGCCCGACCGUUCAGGGGAGCAGCAGCAGCAGCAGCAGCAGCAGCAGCAGCAGCAGCAUCCCCUUGUCCGGCAGCACCUUACAGCUCCACCUGAGCACGGGCAUCCCGGUGUCAAGCAAGGCCGCCAGCACGGGCAUCGCCGCUCGCAGUGGCCUCCCUCGGCCCUCCCUGGCUCUCGGUGGGAGCAGCAUUCCCAGGAGCAAAAUUGCACAGCCGAUCCGAAGUUUUCUCCAGCCACCGAAACCUCUUUCCUCGCUUAGUGCUCUGCGGGACGGCAACUGGAGAGACGGCUGCUAUUGA